CUCCUCAACCAUGAAGGCUGCGACUCUCCUCGCGUCCUUGACACUGGCCUCUGCCGCCUUCGCAGUCGCCUCGCCUGCACCAGCUUGGCUUCCCAGUCAGGUCUCAAUCAACGAGGACUUCCCAGUACCAGGCGACAACCCUCUAUAUUUCUGCUCAGACCCGGCCGACGAUGUUCUGACCAUUGAGAAUGUGGAUUUGAACCCCAACCCACCAGAGAAAGGCAAGACGCUUAGCAUCACGGCGAAAGGCACCUUAAACGAAGCUAUUGAGGACGGCGCCAAGGUGCACCUACAAGUCAAAUACGGUCUCAUCACUCUUAUCAACCAAGAAGCCGAUUUGUGCGAACAAGUUAAGCAGGUGGAUCUGGAGUGUCCUCUUGACAAGGGAAAGCUGGUGUUGCUCAAGGAUGUCGACCUGCCCAAGGAGAUUCCACCGGGAAAAUAUACCGUGCUUGCCGACGUCUUCACCAAGGACAACGACAAGAUCACUUGCCUCACGGCACAAGUCAGCUUUUAAGCUUGAGCAUGCUUGAGCUAAGAUGGGGAGGCGGGCCCACGAAGCUGGGAUUAAUAGGGUCAUUGACGGACUAGGAUGUUUGUUUACUUUAACUAGCCGAGUUGAAUCGAUUACAGGGUCAUGGGUCUGACGAUGCUGGGUGCGAUGCUUUUCUUUUCAUUUCCUCAUGCAUAUCUCUUCUCCGAUUCCCUCUGGUCUCGGAUUGACAUUUGUCUGGGUGGAGUUCUUUUGAUAGUGGUUCUUCAGCAUGUUCAAGUCUUUUGAUAUCAACGAGAGAAGCAGCAGCUAGAGACUGGGACGUCUGAACAUAUGGAUUGAUAGCAAGGUGCAAUGGCAUGACGAUCAGCAUAUGUUACAUUAUAUUGUCUAUUCACCACAUACACGA